AUGGCAUCUAAUUCGGAUAAUGAAAUUAUUGAAUUGAUAGAUCAAGGGAAUUAUAAUUAUGCACAGACUUUGUUGGCUAAAAAAAUCGCCAAAUUCCCACAGAAAUCCCUUUAUUAUGCAUUACAAAAUAAGAUCUUUUUAAAGAUGGGACAGAAAGAUUUGGCCAUUAAGAAAAAUAUCGAUCUUAUGAAUAAAGUUCCAAGUGAUCCAUUAACAAUUGAGAUCAUGAGUGAGUUUUUUGAGGAAAUUGGUAGAGAAAAGGAAUCAAGUUUGGUGUAUGAGAAUGCCAUUAAGAAAUAUCCUGUAUCUGCUGAAAACUUGUGUAUGAAUUGGUUUGAAAAUUCAAUUGCAAAAAAAGACUUUAAAUUGUUCAAUAGAAUAUUCAUGUAUUUGAACAAGAACAAGAAAUCAAGGUUGUACACUUUGUGGUAUGCUUUUAGUUUCCACUUGUUAUUGAAAGAAGGUGACAACGAGAAGGAGAAAUUGUACACAUCUUUGGGUAAGAAAUUACUCGAAGGCUUACAACCAUUUGAAAAUGUUCAAGAGGUAUAUACAUAUACUUUAUUCCUAAACAGUAAAGAGGUUGAGCAUGUAUUGCAAGGUAUAGAAAUGCCAUUAGAUUUGGAAUUGAAACUCCUUUAUAUGAGGUCAAUGGAAGAAAAUGAAAGUUUUACACAAUUGCACAAGUAUGCUGAAGAGUUACUUUUCAAGGACAAUUUUGACGAUUUUGAUACAUGGAAGUUGUGGAUCAAGUCUGGUCAGAGAAUUGGUAAAACUUUUGAGGAAUUGAAUAACAAAGUAACUGACUCCACUAGAAACUCGUUGUUAUUGAAAAUUGAACUAGACAGACUUUACGGAAAGAAUAUUGACAACAGUAUCCAAAAAUACUACAAUAAAUUCAAUAACAAAUUAUGCUGUCAUCCCGACCUUUCUCAGUAUGACUUGCCAGUAUCAUUUGUCGAUCAACUUAAGGAAUGUACUCCAGAUAACGCCCAGUUGAUAACAAUUGUUAAUAAUAGAAAAUUCUUGAACACCAAGGACAAUUGGGAUGUUUAUGAAAAGUAUUCUGUUUCGCAGGGUGCAGAAUUUGACAAUAACCCUGUCAACGAGUUGGCCUUAAGAUCAAUACUAGCCGACUUGGAUGGAUCAAAUGAAAGUAUUAUACAAAGCAUUAUCAUAAUAAAUGAACUACUCAAACAAGACAAAUAUAAUUAUAGGUUAAAGUUGUGGUUGAUGAAACUUUAUUCAAGAUUGAACACCGGUGAUUUGAUUUUCCCAAUUUAUAACGGGUUGAAAAUUAAAAUGGUUCAACAUGAGACUUUGAAUCAUUAUUUAACACAUGUGGGUCCAUCGAAAGAUGGUCUCAAAGGUUUUGUCGACGUUUUCCGUUUCUACCUUACUUCAAAAGAAGAGAUGAAAUACACUAUAAGACAAGGAUUUGAGAAUGGUGUCUUUAACAAGCUUGAAAGUUUUAUUAAUUUUGGAAAGAGAAUUGAAAAUUCAAUUUCCUUAAACUUUACCAUUUCUAAAGUUCUCCAAACAUCAUUGAUCACCGGAGAUGAAGGAUAUUUGAAUUAUUUCAUCAACUAUCUUCUUGACAAUGAGAAUUUAAUCGUGUCUGAAUACACCGAUAAUCGCGACUUUAAAUCAGAAUGGAAUGGAUUGGAGAAUACUGGUAUUUUGAGUAUUUCGUUGAAAGACAAUACUAUAAAGUUGAAGUUGUUGAUAUAUUUGAUCAUUUUCCACCCAGGUGACUCGUCUAAGUUGUUUAAAUUGUACAACAAGAUCACUUCUAAUGAAAAGUUAACUGCAUUUGACAAUUUAUUGUUCCGAUUGUAUUUCAAUUUAUUGAAAAUUACAAAAAUUGCUACAUUAAAUCCACAAGAAUCACAAUCUUUGUUCAACUAUAUACAAAAAAAUUUAAAAAUCGAUAAAUUGAAAAUUCUUAUACCAGAAAAUUUGUUAUCCAGUGAAUUGAAUGAAAAUUUGGCUAAUCUUGUUGAAUUUACCAAAGUUGUUAAAUUGCUUGCCAAAAGACGCUCAACAGCAACCUUGAAUCAAUUACUUGUUCAAAUAAAACCAUUGUCUAAAGAAUUUAAAGAUUUGAAACUUGCCGAGAAACAAAUUGAGUUGAUUGAUGAAAUGAAUUUUGAGUUACCUUUCCAAAUUGACAUGGAUCCAAUCAAACAAGAAAUUAAACAUUCCAUAAUAGACUCUACAAAUAUUCUUUUGAAUAGUUUAUAA